CCGUAGGCAGUUGGUCUGAAGUGCCCGUCAAAAUGGAAGUGAAUCCUCCCAAACAGGAGCACUUGCUGGCGCUGAAAGCUCUGAAGACUUCACCUAAGAAGUUUCUCUUCAUUAGAAGUACCUGGAUCACUGCAGAAUGACUACAGAAGUAAUAUUACAUUAUCGACCGUAUGAGAGUGAUCCCACACAACUACCAAAAAUUGCAGAAAAAGCAAUUCAAGACUUUGCUACUCGUCCACCAACAAGAUUUAUUCCUUGGUUUCCACAUCAUGGCGCCAAACUUCCAGUCAAACCUAAAAGAUCACCACCUGGAAUUUCUGAAGAGGUAGCUGAAGAUGUGAAACAAUAUUUAACAAUUUCAGAACAUAGUGUUAAAUCACAGAGCUAUGAUUGUACAGUAGAUCUCUUGGAGUUUCAGCCUAGUUUGAAAAAGCAGCACUUAAUUCAGUCACAUACAAUAAAUGAACAGACAGCCUCUGGAAAUCUGGAUAAAAAAUCAGAAAAAGGAAAACAGCACAAGAGAAGGUCUUGGAGUGUUUCACUUGUUGGCACUAAUUGUACUGAAAAUAUUUUUCCUUUGUGUAAAAAAUUGCAAGAUAAUUUAAAGGCACUAAAUUUGCACUCACUUUAUAGAGCACGAUGGACUAUAGAACAUAGUGUUUGUAACAACCAAACUCUGGAAGACAUUUGGGCACAACUUAAUCAAAUGAUCAAGCACAAUGAACUUCCAUCCUGUAACGCUACAAUUCAGAGACAUGUAGGCCAAAUAUGGGUUUUUUGUGAUAUUAUGUACUGUGAAUACGUGGGAAACAUUCUUAAAGAAAGAUUAUCUCUUACUGGGAAAAUUAAUUUAUUUGUGCAUAAACAUGGUAUUAUUUUUAGUAUGUAAUGAAUUCUGAUUGUCAAAAUUCAUAGAAUAAAAGUUUUAUAAAAGCCCAAAAGCAUAUAUUUACUUAACAAAUUGAAAUGCUUACCUUGGGCUAGGUGCUAGGACAUAGUAAGAAAGACAAACAUGGACCUUAACUGCCACAGAGCAAACUUUGAGUUACUGUUGGUCAAACAAGCUUCUUGAGAAAAACCAGUGAAACUAUACCCACUAAAAAGGCAGACAUGUUUACUGUAUAGUACAGUGUCCAGCAUGGCAGGAGCUCAAUAAUGUAGGGUAAAUGUGAUCUUUGGAGUGAUUGUUUGUGGUCUGAGCUGAGUAAUGUUUUAAACACAAGGAAUCAGCUAACUUUUACUAAUGAGAUAAUCUUUUCCUGAUACAUUUCACUCUAUCCAUAUCCUCUUUUGUUCUUAAUUACCUUUAUACUAUCUCAUAUAAGACUCGUUAGAAAAUAAUUGUGCAUACAUACUUCUAAAAAUCAACUGGAAAGCUCUGGGAAGUAAAAAAGUUCAGGGCAACUUCUUCAAUAACACAUUUCUC